UCCAUUCGAGCGCAAUUCUCAACUCCGCGACAAAAUUGGAGACUCCUGAGAGCCAAUGGGAACAAUGGGGAAGGUUGUCAAGGCCAAUGGUAGUGAGGACCACAAGAUGGCAAGGACUGAGUUGCUUUUAGUCAAAUUUGAAGUUAUCUCUAGAUUCCACGUGUGAACGUAUGAAAUACAUGAAACGACCAACGUACCGUGAGAGAUUAAAAUAUACUUGAUAGUCGAGUAAUCAUGCCUUGCCUCCUGCUUUCCCUUCUUCCUCUUUUCCUGCCCCGCUAUAAUUGUAGCAUAGAGAUAGCCCAAAAAUUAUUCCCCGCUCAAAUCCAUCCAUAAUAGUCGCGUCUCUGUGAGUGAGAGAGAGAGAGCGUGGACUGCAAUGGAAGAUGGGAAACGCAAGCCAGAUGCUGAAGCUUCGAGCUCGACCAUUUGGAAGCGACAAAGACCAUCGGAUGAGCGCGGGAGCGGAUCGCCUCUUCCGGACUCACCAGAGAAGAUCGAUGUGCCGUCAGAUUCCGAAGAGAAUUCUGGGCCAUCUGCUUCGUACGCCGAUGUGAUUGGAAACAAUUACUAUGUAUUCUUGAGUUUUAGAGGUCUUGAUACUCGAAAAGGCUUCGUUGAUCACCUCUACCAUGAACUUGUACGAGUGGGCCUGCACCUUCCAAAUUUCGUGUUCAGAGAUGAUGAGAACCUCGACCCUGGCGAGCCAAUUGAAAUGCUUCUCAAUGCAAUCAAGUGCUCUAAAGUUUCAAUCCCAGUUAUCUCAGAAAAUUAUGCUACUAGCAAAUGGUGCCUCCGCGAGAUCAACCAGAUAAUGGAGAGUGUGAAAAGUAAAAAACAAAAAGUCUAUCCUGUGUUUUACAAGGUGACAACCGAUGAUGUAAAAUACAUGACGGGGCACUUUGGAGAUGCGUUCCGACAAAACGAGCGAAUCUUGACGAAGAGGUCAAGCGAAAAGGGCUGGUAGCUCUCAGAGAAUUACUCAAUGGUAAAGUAAUCGAAUCAGAGAAAGUUGCUAAUGGGCAUGAAGGGAAAUUAGUAAAAAAGCUUGUUAAAAAAAUAAUGAGCGAGCAUCAACAUGAAUUUCUACCUCUUCCUAAGGACUUGGUUGGUAUUGAUGAUCAUGUUGCCAGGGUUAUGAAUUUGGCAGACAGUCGAACCAUGAAAUUAGCCAAUACUGCUUAUUCUGAAGCUCAAAUUAUUGUGAUUUAUGGAAUUGGCGGCAUUGGUAAGACGACUCUACCUACGACCAUCUAUAAAAAGCUAACCAAUUUGAGUGCCAUAGCUUUCUCAAUGAUAUUAGAGAAACAAUUAAAAGCAAGGGUAUCAAGUAUGUCCAAUCUCUACAUAUAUCAAAUUUAACAAAAAGAAGUGGCCAUAGUGAGCAAGUCUCUGGGAUUGAAAUUAUCCGAAUU